UUCUAUUAAUUUCAGCUCCUCCUAUUGAAUCCGGUCAACGGCGUGAAUUCUUGGCACCUGUAAGCAAGUCAAAUCAAAUGCCUGAACAAAACGGGAGUAUAAUCGAUCGCCGUCAGCGAUGGAAUCCAUGGUAGAAUUUGGAUAAUAGUUGUGUGCCAUAAUUAAUCUUCACUGGCAAACAAAGAUAGUGUUUUGGAUUGAAUUUGAUCGGCCCAUCAGUGAAAUUGCAGUCAAAUACGAUUCAAUCCCGGCACGGAUUCAAAAGCACUAAUUUGUGAACCAAUUACAACGAUAAGCCCUAAAUUAAAAAUCUUGACAACGCAAAGCCCCCCCAGUUUCGUUGAAAACCGGGUUGUUGGAGAAGGGCUGGUUUCCUAUAAGAGGCGGGUAGGUGAGCUGUUGGCGAGGAGGUUCUUCAUAUAAGCAUCGGUAGGUUUAGGGAGAGAGCAGAAGAGAGAGAUAGAGCGUGGGGUUCGGAGCGCAAAGGAGUCUCCUUUUCUGCAAUCCAUGGAUUUGUUUGGGUCCUGUGGCAUCGAGGCUGUCGGGAUAGCCGUCGCCGUGGUCGCCGUCGCUGCAGGCGCCGCUUACUUCUACUUGGGCAGGAAAUCGAAAGGUUCCUUGGAUCCAGAGAAUUUCAGGAAUUUCAAACUUGUUCAGAAGAAACAACUUAGCCACAAUGUUGCUAAAUUCCGAUUUGCUCUUCCUACUCCCACUUCUGUGCUAGGUCUUCCAAUUGGUCAGCAUAUCAGCUGCAGGGGAAAAGACAAUCUUGGUGAAGAAGUUAUUAAACCGUAUACACCAACUACUCUGGACUCUGAUAUUGGAUACUUUGAACUUGUUAUAAAGAUGUAUCCUCAAGGAAGAAUGUCUCAUCAUUUCCGUGAAAUGAAAGUUGGUGACUACAUGUCAGUGAAAGGGCCUAAGGGACGCUUCAAGUAUCAGGUUGGGCAAGUCAGAGCUUUUGGAAUGAUUGCCGGUGGAUCUGGCAUUACUCCAAUGUUUCAGGUUACAAGGGCCAUACUGGAAAACCCAAAGGAUAAAACUAAGGUUCAACUUAUCUACGCUAAUGUCACUUACGAAGACAUUCUUCUGAAGGAAGAGUUGGACGGCUUGGCUAGGAAUUAUCCUGAUCGUUUUCAAAUUUUUUAUGUGCUUAAUCAGCCCCCUGAGAGUUGGGAUGGUGGUGUUGGCUUUGUGUCAAAAGAUAUGAUCAAAACUCACUGUCCUGCACCGGCACAAGACAUCCAGGUCCUGAGAUGUGGUCCGCCUCCCAUGAACAAAGCCAUAGCAGCACACCUAGAUGACCUUGGUUAUACAAAGGAGAUGCAGUUCCAAUUCUAAUAAGAUUGAAAAAGGCAAAAAUAAGAUUAAGAUUUUCCUCAAUUUCUCUGCUUUGUUUCUGUAGAAGCGAUGCCCAAACCUGUUAAUCAUUUAAUUUGAAAGUGUCUCGACCAACUAAAACCUUCUGCCCUUCCUAGUGAACUUCUCUGUGAGAUUGCCUUUGCUUUUCCGAAAGCAACAUUUAUUGUGUUCUAAAUUGAGCAUGGAUAAUAGAAAGAAAGCAUUACUAUUUGUAUGCCUAUUUCAAUUA